UCCCCGGCCGAACCGGCAAAGGGGGGCCUGCGCGGUCUCCCGGUGAGGAGCCCCACGCUCCGUCAGACGGUCAAGGCGUUUCCUACGCCAAAUUCGAUCAUACAACUCUCUUUUUGCGUUUACUUCCUUAAGAGCUGAUGUAGACAAGUCGAUUAAUAAUGGAACUGCACCAUGUGUUUUCAAAAUCAAUGGUAUUGUUCACCACCGGAUUGGCAGCCUGCUACCACAGCAGGGUGCCCCGCCAAAGUUUGCUCAACUCUACAUAUACGAUACUGAAAAUGAGGUCAGCAAUAGGAUGCGUGUAUUCGAUAAAGAGAGCUCCACUGAUGAACCUGACCCAUUUAUUGUUACAGAGUUAGGUGCUAUGCUUGAUGAACACAACGACCUUGUCAAAUCCUUCCGCUUUGCUAGGAAACGUUUAAAAGAUCAUGGCGAUGAAAAAAUUGCGCUUAGGCUCCUUGGGUGCAACUCAAAAGAUGAAGUGCAGUAUAACCUACCAACAAGUGGUGAAAUAGCGGGGAUAAUUGUUGGCGAUUAUUCAAACGAUAAAUACACAUACGAUGUUGUUGUCCAGUCCUGUGAUAGUAGGCUAAGACGAGUAUCAGCUUUGCAUCCAUCCUAUAUGGCGCUGCAAUACCCUUUGCUUUUCCCCUAUGGGGAACGAGGGUUCCACUUAGGUAUAAAAUAUACUGAUUUCCCGAGCAUAACUGGAACAUCACGACGCUAUGUGACAAUGCUUGAGUACUAUCGGUACCGCCUACACUAUAGACUAAAUAAACCAAACCCAUAUACGUGUUGCGGUCGUCUUAGUGAUUCUAUAUGUGUAGAUAUGUACUCGACUGUUGAGGGCUCGAGACUAAAGUUCAUUGCUGACAAUCAACCUGAUUUGCGAUCAGAAUGUGUGCAGGGAAUUGCGGAUGCAAUUGACCAUGGUCUUGAAUCUGGUGAUUCUGUGGGCCAGAAAUAUGUAUUGCCUUCCAGUUUUACUGGAGGCCGUCAUUACAUGGUCCAAAAUUACCAAGAUGCAAUGGCUGUUUGUCGUGUAUUUGGUUCCCCUGACCUUUUUGUUACUUUCACGUGCAAUUCAAAAUGGCAAGAGAUAUACGAUGCCCUCCUAUUUGAACCAGGCCAGAUGGGACACACCCUGCUCUCUGAUCUCUCCCUUGGUGACGACAACGAGCGCAUUUGUGUUCGGGUUUCGCGAUUUUGGGCUUUCUGUGACCAAAAGGAUGAUGACAAGAUUCUUCACUUUGGCUUGGUCCUGAUUGAUGAGAAGGGGACUAGCAUUGCUGCUCAGAUUUAUCCCCCAUGUGAUGAGAUAUUCAGGCCAAUCAUCACUGAAGGCAAGGUGUACUACAUUAAGUACUUCCGUGUGAGGAAGUGUAACAGGCAGUACAAACCAGUCGACAACUGCAUGUCCAUCUAUUUCACAAGGUGGACUAAACUAGAGGAGCGUGUCGAUCCACCAGCUGAGAUUCCUUUGUAUACUUAUUCACUCUCACCAUUUGGCGGUCUUCGCUCACGUGUUGGCAAGAAAGACUCAUUCACAGAUAUCAUUGGAAUUAUUACUCAGCUGUCGCCCGUGACUCCGCUUCAAGGCACCGUAAAGAGGAGUGUCUUCAUCCGCAACACUGACAAUGCAAUCUUGAAUGUGGCGCUUUGGGGGGAACGUGCAACAAGCUUUCCUGCCGAUGAGGUGUUUGUUGCUGGUCAGAAAGAACCACAGAUAGUAAUCUUCGUUGGCACCCUUGUGAAGGGCUAUGGCGAUGUCUCUUUAUCAGGUAACUCAGCCUGCAAGUGGUACAUUAACGCAGACACACCUGAGGUCAUCUCUCUGAGAAACAGCUAUAGUCCUAUAGAGUGGACUGAUCUACCUCCUGCAGCACCUGCUUAUAGCAAUGCUGAGCCCAAGACGAUUAUCCAAAUUAAGGAUCUGAAUCCUUUCGAAUUCAAGAAACAUGAAUUCUUGGUUACUGUUGUCAUCAAGAAAAUAGACAUGGAGUACUCUUGGUGGUACACUGCAUGUGAUAUAUGCAGGAGAACAGCAAGGCCAUAUGGAAACGCAUACAAGUGCCAGAAUGAGUCAUGCCCUCCUCUUGUGGGAGCAUCACCUAGGUUCAAGCUUAGCGUUGUGGCAGGUGAUGACACAGCUGACGCUAAGUUCGUGCUCUUUGGCCGCCUAGCACAGUGUCUUAUUGGUCGAUCAGUGGAGAUUCUGUUAGAGGGCAACGCUGCCGGCAAGGAGGCCAUACCCAAGGAGAUCACAAAUUUGCUUGAGGAAAAUUUCACCUGGAAAGUUGCUAUUACCGAGAAUACCAUGUCUUCAAGCAAUGUCUCAUUCCAAGUGAAUAUGAUUGUCGGAAACGGCAACAGCCAGAAUCCUGCCACCCACAAUCUCCAUCUGCAUCUCAGGCAUCCUCCAUGGUACCUUCUCUAGCUCUAUCACCAAGUGUAACACAUGAACUCUCUGUUGGCCAGUCCACAGCAGCAUUUGCUCCAUCCAUUGGAUUCAGUGAUCCGCCUGCCACUCCAUCGGCUGGAUUAAACAGUCCGUUGGUUGUUGGAGCCAAGGACAAAAAUGAUGAUGUUGAAUGCCAGUCCAAGACUCCAGUUCAGGUCCUUGACGAAGAAGAUGAGGAUGAUGACAAUUUGCCCCUUUCCCAAAUGGGUGGUCAUUCUGCUACUAAGAAAACCACAUCCAAGUCCCACAACAAAAGGGCAAGGCCAUCUCCUGGCACUGGCACAGCUAAGAAGUUGUUCAAAGAAAGUGGUGACGAUACCGCUGAUGGCAGCGGCGAGAACAAGGCCUGAUGCAGCAAAGGAAUGUGUACGCUUUUGUUUUGCACAGUUGUAUCAGACUCGGCAUCGGUCUCAUGCUCUGCUUGCAUGGGUACCUUAACCAAGCUUCUUUAGAACCACUCUACAGUGUUUCGUUGGUUAAUAUUGUGCCAUGCAUUUACAAACUGUGCUAUUUUGUCGCUCGCUAUAGACCUUUGAGCAUGGUUGUAGCCAGACGCUUCCUUUUGUAAAGACUUAACAGCGACCCUACGCAUUAUGUGGCUAGGAUUCUAUGUUAUCAUGCAUAGCACACGAUAAACACGAAUGCUUGCUGCUGUACCCAGUAUGAUGUUACUUACGCAAUAGUAGCUCUGUGUUUCGGGAUACAUAUAUAUUCCAGCUCAGUGUGUAUUUCGACUGUUGCUUGCUUUUA